UUUGAUGAACUUUUUUUGAUCCAUUUCAAAUGUUGACUACUAUACAUUGAGUUAGAGCAACUUAAUACGUUGUAGCAUAAACACAAUUGUUUAAGUUGAUUACUCAAAAAAAUUAAGUCGCUCCAUCUACCAGAGUUGUAGCCCUGGAACCAACAGACCCUUUGCAAAGAUCGUGAACCGAUCCUCUCUUCCUACUAGUUCAUUUAUAGCAUCAAAUAAACAUGAAUGAACAUGAGAAGGAAUGUUGUUUCAAACGCGGAAAGACGUCAAUAGACAUCAUUUUUCAAGUUAAAGUCCACCGAGGUUAAUCUUCUAACUCCUGACUGCUUUGUCGGACAAAAUGGCGGAUUUGGCGUUAUGAUUGGUUAGAUCGCUUGUCAAUCAAACUCCCGGCGAAGGGUCAAUUAUUCUCAUCUAUUUAAAUUCAAAUCAACAGCUAUCCUAGCACAUGCUAACAUAACCUAAUUAAAAUGUAUAUUUAAUAAACACAUUACUUGUCACUGGCAUUAGUGCAGUCAUUGCUUAUGUCAAUAGUGUUUACCUUCAUGUACUCUUGAGCACAAUGGUAACCACAAAAACUCCAACAUUACGUAAUCUCGUCAAAUGUCAAACAGAACAGCAUUAAACACUAACAGGUCUUUCCCUUCACUAAAAACAAAUAAAUUAACACUUAAAUUCAACAUUUAUUCUGGAAACUAGAAAUCCACUGCCUAAUUUCUGAAGUUAUCAAGACAACUUCAUUUCUGAAGUUACUACAACUUUUUUUUUUUUUUUUUAAAGCCAAUUAACGCAGAAAUUUAAAUUUAAAUUACAAACGAUAUUAAGUUGAUCAACAUUAUAAUGUCAACUGAACUCAUCAAAAUAAUGUUUCCAACUAAAAAGGUUUAUUUAUUUAAGUUGUGGUAACAGGUCCACUGAAUUACUUUUUAGAGUGUAUCUUCUUUUGUGUUCAACAGAAGAAAAACUCAAACAGGUUUGGAACAACUUGAGGGUGAGUAAAUGAUGAUAGCAUUUUCAUUUUUGAAUGAACUAUCCCUUUAAAGGAAAAUGAAUCACGAACAUGAACAGGUUAUUUCUAGAAUAUCAACUUGCUUUUGUGCACUGCUGCAUCCACACCACUAGGAGUCAGGAUAAAGUUCAGUACCACAGUUGUAUCUACCAGCGAAACACAAUCCAAUUACAUGUGCCAUCCUUAGUUUGCUUUAUAUUAAGACAGCUACAAAGAAACCAUUGAAUUACCACUUGUUACCUCAAACUAAAUCAUAGGCUACUAGAUUUGGAAAAGAAAGGAGAACAUUUUACCAUAGCUGAAAUGCUGUUUAGGAUGUUAAAUGAUCUAGCCACACAAUCUAAAUGAGAUUCAGACUGAAAUGAAUCACUGAACUCGAUCUUUGCCAGAUAAAUGAGCACAUUUAUGCAUUUCAUUGAACACACCACUCAAAUUCACUCUCAACUUGCUUAUGGGGAAAAUUAAUACAUUAGGCCUGCUUAGUUUGUUUUCUCUUUCACUGGACUUUGUUUCAGGAGCAGUUAAUGUUCUUCUUUAUGUCAUGAAUGAGUGCAAAUCAGCAUAAUGUAAGGAAUAUCACUAUAGCCUAUAAUUUGUAGGUCACAGGUCAAAUGACCUUGAGUAUAUUUUCAUUCUUACAGUAGUAAGAUUCCCUCUUUCUCAGGUAUAUUGAGAGUGAAUUACCAUGUUCCUUUUUUCUUGAGUAAAUUACUGCUGUUUGCUUUUGAUUAUAAGAAAGGCAAAUGCUAGAUGCCAUGUGGGAACAUUUUCACAGCGUCUAUAUCUCAAUGGCCAAAAUGAGGGUUUGAUAUUCAUUCAUUCCAAUUUUUGCUUUAGAUAGCAUUACAUUUUCCAAUAUUCAUCUCAAAUGAGUGAUGAUUUAGUCCUCAUAGUGUGAUGAUAUGUCCAACUAUAGGGUCAUUGAGAGCUCAAUUAGCUUUAUCUUUUUCCUUAGCUUUCAAAAAAUAAUUUAAUUUAAAGCAAAAGCACUAACUUUGUUUGCAGUCAACAUAUUAGAUUCAUGAUGAGGGAGAGACACUUGUAAUCACAAUAUUGACCAAUAGUUUUAUGUUUCUUUCAGCCUACCUGGUGUGAAGACGUAAUGAGAGUUUGAUUUUGGUUGUUUUACAAGCUGUGCCUUCGUGGAUUUCUGUGGUUCUUGACUGACCGCAUUCUUUGAGAAUGAAAACAGUCCUUUGCUUGCGUUCAGUGAAGUGACUUGUUUGACGAGACAUUCCUUUAUCUCGUCAUUAGCAUAUGAACACGCUCAUCCAUCCUCAUUCCAGUCUGAGGGCCAAUGGGCGAGUUCUCGCUCUAUGUGCUAUUUAUCCUCUGACAACUGCGACACAACACCAUUUUAUCUGUACAUGCUGGAUAAUUUUGAAUCAUAAAGGAAUAACUGAAUGGAUUAUUAAUUAUGAGGGAUUGAGGAGAGAGAAUGAUCUCUUUUUGAUGAACUGCUGGAAACCUUUGAGUCAGAAUGAUGGAACAGGAUGAAUCAAUAGACUUUAAAACCCUGAAGGCACGGUUCCAGGGUGAAAAUGGUCUGAAGAUCCAGACUAAACCUACCAUCCCAGAGAAACCCAAAACCAUCCCUCAGCCGACAAAAGCCAGCAGUUCUUUAAUCUCAACUAUCAAUGCUGUUGCGAAAAAUGGGAUGGUUCACGCACCACGAGUAGUCUUCAAAGAUGACAAAAAUCUCAGUCGCCAGCUCUCUCCAACCUGGGGAUUAAAGACUAGAGAGGACCAGCCCAUCAAUAAUGCUGAACUGCUGGAUAAUAACCAGAAGAAGGAGGUUGACACUGUAAAGAAGAGUCUGAAAGACAAGAAUCUUCCACUGGUUCUGCCAGUGGCUCCCAAAAAAGCCGAAAUCCCAGAGCCCGAAUCCAGCCCACUUACACCUGUGUCCGUUUCACCAUUCAAAGUGUCAACACCCAAAAAGUUUGUAUUUAGCCCUCAAAAAACUAGAAAGGAUGAAUGUGAGAAGACUAGCCCUGCAAAGGAGGUAGACAGUGCCAAAAAAUCUUUGAAGGACAGGAAUCUUCCACUGGUUCUGCCAGUGCCUCCAAAAAAAUUUGAAACCCCAGAGCCUGAAAAAACUAGCAAAGAUGAGAAUGACAAGACAAACACUGUAAAGGAGGUUGCUAAAAAGUCUCUGAAAGACAGGAAUCCUCCACUCGUUCUGCCAGUGGCUACAAUAAAAGCUGAUACCCAGGAGCCUGAACCCAGCCCCCCUACACCUGUUUCCAUUUCACCAGUCAAAGUGUCCACACCCAACAAUUUUGUAUUUACAACUAGUCGUACCCCUGCUCCAAGUCAAUCUGCUCCUGCUGGACCAUCUGUAACAGCCAACCCCCCUUCUGAAAGUGUACCUGUUGUCCCUAAGGCUGUUGACCCUACUCAGACUUCAUCUGGAGCAUCACCUGCCCCCAACAUUCUUCCCCCAAGUAUUCCAGCCCCAGGUAUUCCGAACUCUGCCAGCCCUGAGCCAAAGAUUCCUGAACCAGCCAUUCCAACACCAGUCAUUCCCUCUCCAGCUCUUCCUGAAUCAAAGACUUCUAAUCCAGAAACCUCUAUUUCAACUCCUUUUGAAACUGAACCUCUUAAACCAAAUAUAAAUAUACUCUGUUUAUCAGAAUUAUUUCCUCCCCCUGAAGGAAGUCCACCUCCAGAAUUCACUGAUAUUCCUCCCCCCGUUCUUUAUGAUGAUUUUCCUGAUGGAGACUUUUCUGAGCAAGCUAUACCCACUCCAGCGAUCCGUACGUUUAUCGACCCAGUUCCCAGGAGUCCAAUUGUCUCCAGAUCAGCCUCCCCUGCCCUAUCCACCCCUCCGGCAGUAUCUCCAGAGCCCUUGGUGAAUCCCCUAGAAUAUACACCUGGUCUAGACUCCAGACUUACAGUCUCAAGCUCUCCUCCAGAUGUUAAUACUCCAGCUACACCUGUAGACAUGGUACUGGAGAAUGCAAAAGCUCUUACUGACAAUAAAGCUAUUAACCCAGAGAGGACUAAGGAGGACCAGUCCUCAUCCAAGCAGCUUUCACCCCUCACAGCCUUGGCGAGAGCGGAGGAGAUGGCCUCAGUUAAACGGACACCAAAUGAUAACCGAAUAUUUAACCUUUUGGAAAGGGCUAAGAGAAAGAGCACAGUGAGCCAGUUGGCUACCACACCUGAAAACACAACCCCACUUGAGACAGCUACACCCGAGAUUCCUCUGCCUGAAACUUCCACACCUCUGCCUGAGACUGUCACAACUGAGGUGACUCAACCUGAUCUAGCUACACCUGACAAAGCAUCGUCACAGCUUGCUACAGCUGUAGAACAACUACCUGAGGAAGCCCCACCUGUACCAGAAGUUUCUGAUAUCCCUGAACUCCCUCCAGUUGAUUAUGUGGAUCACUCUCGGGGGUCACCUACCCACCCACCUGAAACUGCCAAGGUUAAUGGCCUUGAUCACAGGGUGGUGACAGUGGUCAAAAAUGUGCAUCCCCCUCCUCCACCGCCUAGGAAGGUUCUGCCAGCCACGCCCGCUGUGGACCCCCCAGUUGAGGAACCAACUCUGUCUCCUGCCACACACCUCCAGAUUCCCACAACACCAUCUAUACCUCUAGAAACACAUGAAAAUUCACUACAUGACAACUCAUUUGAAGAGGGAUUUUAUGAAGAUUUUGAGGUACCUGAAGCUCCAGCAGUUUCUACCUUUAGGCCUCCAUCAAUACCAUCAUCAGAUUCUAGUUCCAAAAGGCCAGUUUCAGUUCAUGAAGAAGCAUUCCUGAAACAGUUGAACCCAAAACAACAGGUGAAAGAAGAUGUGUUUCCGAACAAGCGGGAUAAAGACAUUGCGGAUGUGGAUUACGCAUCUGUGAACUCUGGCUCUCUAAAUCCAGACACUCAAGCUGCUGUGCUUCAGGACUCGGUGCAAAGCUCACCUGCCUUGUCUCCAUCAGGGACCCUUGAAAGAGGUCUCAAUGUUAAUGAAGAACAGGCAGACAGUAAAAGGGGCAAAACACAAAAGAAUAAGAAACAGAAAGGACCUCCAAAAAAUCCAUAUGCUGAUGCAGCGGCUGCAGUGGAGGAGUCUCCCAAGAAAGGGUUGUUCUCCAGGAAGAACUCAGCAAAAGCAGCAGACGAAAAAGAACUAAAGAAGAAAGAAAAACAGCGUGAAAAGGAAAAAGAGAAAGAGAAGGAAAGAGAGAAGAAGGAGCAGAAAGAAAGGGAAAAGAAGGAAAAUGAAAUGAGGAAAAAAUUUAAGGUAUUUUUUGGACAGUAUUUGUAUGUGUUUGCACCAAUAAUUUUGCAUGAUUAUUGCACAAUCCAUUACUUAUUACAAUCCACAUCCUGCUCCUCAGGUGCAUUUACCAUCACUAAAAUCCGAUUAUUUUAAUCAAAAGUGAAAUGAGCCUUACAGUUCAAUUUCUCGCUAACAGCAAGAGUCUAAUGCACAUGGUGAGAUGAGUAAGUGAUGUGCACAUGUUCAUUUAAC